UUGUUAUGGCGCUUCCGGACUGGACAGUGUGUUUACUUGGUGCUGCUGCCUCGAUCUGCGGAGGCUUUUGCAUCUACCGCCUGUUCAGAAGUCCAGCAAGAGGUCCAUGGAAAAGAGGUGUUUUUGCGGAUUUGAUGGCGCGCACAGAGAAACCGCUGUUCUGGAUAGCGUACUCUCUAUACACACGGACCAAACUUGGCUACAUGUUUUACAAACGCCAGAUGAGAAAAGCAAGGGAAAAGUACCCAACUGGCCACUCUAGAACGGAGCCCACAACAAUUAAUGGUAUCAAGAUCAUUCCAUUACCCAUCCUGUCUGACAACUACUGCUAUGUGAUCAUUGACACAGCAUCAGAUCUUGCCGUGGUGGUGGACCCUGCUGAUCCACGCUCUGUCCAGAGUUGUCUGGAAAAGGAAGGGGUGACAUUACAAGCCAUUCUUUGUACGCACAAACACUGGGACCACAGUGGAGGAAACAGCGUGCUAAAGAGGCACCACAGCUCAUGUAGGGUGUAUGGAAAUGCUCUGGAUAACAUUCCUGGUCUUACACACCCUCUAACAGACAAAGACAUCAUAGACGUUGGGACACGGCUGCAGUUUAGGGCUUUUUACACCCCUGGCCAUACUGUGGGUCACAUGAUUUACCUGCUAGAUGGCAGAAAUUUUGGUGGUCCCAACAGCCUUUUCUCAGGAGACCUGCUUUUUCUCUCAGGAUGUGGGCGAAUGUUUGAAGGCACCGCUUCAACAAUGUUAUCAUCACUGGACACAGUUGGCUCACUGAAUGAUGAUACUCUGCUCUGGCCUGGCCAUGAGUAUGCUGAAGAUAACUUGCUGUUUGCUGCUGAGGUGGAGCCUGGUAAUGUGUCACGGGAACAGAAGUUACAGUGGGUCUUGCAACAACGAGGUCAACGACUGUGCACGAGCCCAUCUACACUGAAAGAAGAGAAGCAAUACAAUCCGUUUUUAAGGAGCCAUACUCUAGAUCUUCACCAAGCUCUGGGCUUGGAGCAGAACCAAGAUGAGGACUGGACUUCAUACAGGGCCCGGGUUUUAGAGGAGCUACGCAGGAGAAAGGACAUUUACAAAGGCCGAUAGGUGACAGGGUCAGUGCUUAGAUUCGGAGGAAGAAACCAAUAAAGACCCACUCUAAUUCCCCCUUUUCUAUUCCUGUACCGAUCCAGGAAGAAUUUGCACACAGAAACCUGUGUGACUGUGAAGUAAAAUGGCAGCAAGAGUAGAGUUUGCACACUGAUACUAAGCUGUAUAAGGGCAUUACUAAGAUACAGUUGGUUGAACAAUGAGGCAAAGAUGACUUUUUUUCCAGAUAUUUUUUCAAAAAUACAUUUUUGAGCUAUUUCUAUUCUGAUUUAGAUUCGUUUCUAUAUUUAAAAAGUUGAAAAUAUAAACAUUACUAGCUCUGCACAGGACAGUAAGGCAUCAAUCUAAACUGGAUUAUAUAACCAGUAGGCACUACUUAAUAUGUAUAUCUACCUAAUUCCAACAUGCAUAGGCCACUUCACCAUUUCAUUAGGUAUAUCUACAAUGUACACAUUUUGUAUGUAUACACCUACUUACUGUAGCCCAUCUGUUAUUACAAGAUUACAAUUACAAUUUGUUGGAUAGCUGUAAAUCCAACAAAAGAGACUACUCCUGACCGCAUUCACUCUAUACAGUCGAUCAUUCUCUAUACAAACAGAUCAUUCCAAUUGUGUUCAGGGUGGUUGAUGUCAGGACUGUGUGCAGGCCACCACAACAAAUUUAUCAGCCUGUGAAAUUAGUGAAUUGUGAAAUCAAACAUGUUCUUGCUUCUUCAAAGUUAUACACUACUUUAACACUUGGCACUGUGCAUGGUGAUAUUAGGCUUGUGAGCAUCUGUUUGGCCAGGGAACCCAUCCCAUGCUCCUGGCAGAGUUUUAGUCCUGAUGUUGCUUCUAGAAGCAACUUUCAUUUGGCCACCCUGUUCGGUUGAAUUUUCCAUGGACUUUCACUUUCUGGUUACUUUGCUGCUCUUGGAGGCUCCCAAAUGUCCAAUACAUUUGAACAGGAGAGAUUUAGCAGAGCAGAAAUGACACUGUCUGACUUCUAUUAAAUGCGUUGUAGGUACCAUGUUUAACGACACUGAGCUCUUCGGUAUUCGUUCUACUUUGCCAGUGAUUAUGGAGAUGUGACAUUGUGCUUGAUUUAAUGCACCUGUUUAUGAAAUGCAAUAAUCAUAAUCGGUGUCCACAUAUUUUUGUCUACAUAUUUGGUUGUACCUACAAUGUGUAUGUAUUGUUCUCUGCAAAGCUAACCUAGUACUAUAGCUACUGUCAUGGUGAUGUUUGUUGAUGAUUUUAGCCUUUAAUUGUUAGCCUUUUGUGGAACAAUGGUACUGGUGAUAAAUGUACUUCUUUCCCUCUUUGAACAAUAAACCGAAAAUCUUUUGA